CAGGCUCCUCCCCCUGGCCAGAUGGAUCCCUCCGCCCCGAAGCCCCGCGAGGAAACCGCCCGCAAAGACAUAUGGCACCCAGGAGAAAGAUGUCUUGUCCCUUCUCCAGAUAAUGAAAAGCUCUGUGAAGCAAGCAUCAAGUCUAUCAUAGUGGAUGAAAAUGGGAAGUCAUUUGCAAUCAUCUUAUAUUCAGAUUUUCAAGAAAGGAAAGUACCUCUUAAAAAACUUCAAGAAGUAAAAUCUGUUAAAGCUUGCUCUAGGAAUUUCAUAUUUGAUGAUGAAGAUUUAGAAAAACCUUAUUUUCCAGACCGAAAAUUUCCAUUAUCUGCUGUUGCUUUUCAAUUAUCUGAAGAUGGAGACUCCAUUCCAUAUACUAUUAAUAGAUAUUUGAGAGAUUAUCAGAGGGAAGGAGCCCAGUUUCUUUAUGGACACUUCAUCCAAGGAAGAGGGUGCAUUCUUGGUGAUGAUAUGGGACUUGGAAAAACAGUACAGGUUAUCUCGUUUUUGGCUGCAGUUUUGCAUAAAAAGGGAACUCGUGAGGAUAUUGAAAAUAAUAUGCCAGAGUUUUUACUAAGAAGUCUGAAAAAGGAACCCCCUUCUUCUGUAGCAAAAAAGAUGUUCUUAAUAGUUGCUCCUCUUUCUGUCCUCUACAACUGGAAGGAUGAGUUGGAUACCUGGGGCUAUUUCAGAGUCACUGUUUUACAUGGUAACAAAAAAGACAAUGAACUGAUUCGAGUAAAGCAGAGGAAAUGUGAAAUCGCUCUAACAACUUACGACACACUACGCUUAUGUCUGGAUGAACUGAACAGUUUGGAGUGGUCAGCUGUCGUCGUGGACGAAGCGCACAGGAUCAAGAAUCCCAAGGCCAGAGUGACGGGAGCCCUGAAAGCUCUGGAGUGCCGCGUCCGCAUCGGCCUCACCGGAACCGUUCUGCAGAACAGCAUGGACGAGCUGUGGUGUGUCAUGGACUGGGCUGUGCCAGGACUUUUAGGUAGCAGGUCCCACUUCAAGAAGCAGUUUUCUGACCCGGUAGAACAUGGUCAGAGACACACGGCAACAAAAAGAGAACUGGCUACUGGCCGGAAGGCCAUGCAGAGGCUUGCGAGAAAGAUGUCGGGGUGGUUUCUCAGGCGCACGAAGACCCUCAUCAAGGAUCAGUUACCUAAGAAGGAAGACCGGAUGGUGUACUGUUCUCUGACAGAUUUUCAGAAAGCUGUUUAUCAAACAGUAUUAGAAACAGAAGAUGUGACUUUGAUACUUCAAUCUUCUAAGCCUUGUACCUGUGGCAGUGGUCGGAAAAGGAGAAACUGUUGUUAUAAGACCAAUUCACAUGGUGAGACAGUGAAAACCUUGUAUUUCAGUUACCUUGCCGUGCUUCAGAAGGUGGCUAACCACGUCUCGCUACUGCAGCCUGCUAGCACCUCCAAACAGCAGGAAACACUCAUCAGAAGGAUAUGUGACCAGGUAUUUUCCAGAUUCCCAGAUUUUGUGCAGAAAAGCAAAGAUGCAGCCUUUGAAACACUUUCUGACCCAAAAUACAGUGGAAAAAUGAAAGUCCUUCAGCAGCUUUUAAAUCACUGCAGAAAAAACAGAGAUAAAGUUCUUCUUUUCUCCUUCUCAACCAAGUUGCUCGACGUGCUGCAGCAGUACUGUAUGGCGGCGGGCCUUGAUUACCGGCGGCUCGAUGGGAGCACCAAGUCAGAGGACAGACUCAAGAUCGUCAAGGAGUUCAACAGUACCCAGGAUGUUAACAUUUGUCUUGUCUCCACAAUGGCUGGUGGACUAGGCCUGAAUUUUGUUGGUGCCAAUGUUGUUGUAUUAUUUGAUCCUACCUGGAAUCCAGCCAAUGAUCUUCAAGCCAUUGACAGAGCGUAUCGGAUUGGGCAGUGCAGGGAUGUCAAAGUGUUUAGGCUGAUAUCCUUGGGAACUGUGGAGGAGAUCAUGUACCUACGGCAGGUAUACAAGCAGCAACUUCAGUGUGUGGUAGUUGGAAGUGAAAAUGCCAAGCGAUAUUUUGAAGCAGUUCAAGGAUCAAAAGAGCAUCGAGGAGAGCUUUUUGGAGUCUGUAAUCUCUUCAAAUUGAGGUCUCAAGGGGCUUGUCUGACGAAGGACAUCCUGGAGCGAGAAGGCCAGGUGGAAGCGGGGGUCAUGACAGCUACAACAUGGCUGAAAGACGAGCCUCGGGAGCACAAACUAGAAACACCUAGAGAACCUGACUGUCCAGAACACAGAGGUGCAGAGCGACCUGCACAACCACUGGCAGCAGAAGCCUGUGGUCUAUGCAGUGAUCUCAGUGAUGAUGAAUCUGUGGAUAACUCAAGAAUAAAGUUUGCUAAAAACAAAGCAUCUGACUCAAGUAAAACUUCCGGUCAUCCUGGACAGCUUACCUUACUCCAGUGUGGUUUCUCUAAAUUGCUUGAGACACAAUGUAAAGCAGUUGAUGAUAGUGAUGAAAAUCCUGCAUCUGAUGAUGAAAAUCCUGCAUCUGAUGAUGACAGUCCUGAUGAGCAACCUACGUGCCUUUCAGCAGAAGCCAAAGAUACUGGUUGUCAGGAAAGUCAAGUCUCUCUUGGUACUUCAGAUCAUCAGAAAUUAGCUAACAGCGUAAAUCCAAAUGAAAAAUGUAUUUUUGAUAAAAAUGAGAAGAUUUUAGAACCGACUAUAUCUUCUGAAUCUGAUGAUAAGAAAAAUUUAAAAAAUACAACUGACCGCCAUUGCGUUUUGCAGAAUGUCACAGAUUCAGAAGAUAGUGAUGUCAUCUUUCCCACACAAUAUACAACUCAGAAGUUCCCUCAGAAUAAAAUGAAGUUGAAACCACCCGGGGAUAGAUCUGAAGAUUCUGAAACAGAAAACCCUGUAAAAGUAACAAAUAAUGGUGAUGAUAGAAAGACCAAUGUCAGAGGAAGUGGACUAAUUUCAAAACAGCUAAAUCCUAAGAACAUAACCCUGAAGUCUCUUAUGAAAAGGAAAGGUAGUAGUGAUAUUAGUGAUGAGUCUGAUGACAUUGAAAUUUCCUCCACAUCAAGAGUAAGAAAACAAAGAGCGACUAGUUCUUUGAGGUUUAAGAAAAAAAAGGAAAAUACAAGGGAACUUAACACUUUUUCUAAAACAAAGAAAGCAAACCAACUGUGUGCAACAGAUGAAGAUUGUAAUUCUCAGGCUAUUGAUGAUUUUUCAUCCUCAGAUGAUGAUUUUUCUGUUAGCCACGUGGAUUUCUCUAAACAGAGACAUAGACCAAAAACUAUUAAAGAUAGAGUUGAUUUCUCUUCAAAAUUGCAUAGUCAUAAGAAAAAUAGCUCUUUCGUACCAAGAAAACCAAUGAAAAUUUCAAAUCAGAGAGUUUUCGAUCAAGAGCAGAUGAAUGAAUCAAUGGAUAGAUUUUUAGAUGGUGUUCAGGAAGUGGCUUACAUUCAUUCAAACCAGAAUGUGAUUGGAUCAAGCAAAGCUGAAAAUCACAUGAGCAGAUGGGCAGCACGUGACGUAUUUGAAUUGAAGCAGUUUUCCCAGCUUCCUGCGAAUGUAGCUGUUUGUACUUCUAAGACAUAUAAAGACAAAGUGAAGGCAGAUACAUCGACACAUGCAAAGAAAGUUCAACAACCAGGUGGAGAAGGCAUUGCAUUUCCCCUUUUCAUUUCACACCCUGUGAGCCAGAAGAAGAAGAAAGUAUACCAUACGGACCAGACCACCUUCAUAAUUGGAGAAACACCUAAAGGGAUUCGCAGAAAACAAUUUGAAGAAAUGGCUUCUUAUUUUAAUUUGUCUUCUGUAAAGGAGUUUGCCCAACAUGUAGCUACUGCCACAUCAGAAGGACGACAGAAAAUGCUGAGAGACUUUUAUGCUUCUCAGUAUCCAGAGGUCAAAAGUUUUUAUGUGGAUUCUGCCACGGAAUUCAUUAAACCUGCCUGUGGGGAAGGAAAGAGAGUCGGGAACAAGUCUGAAAGGAGAGAAUCUCUUAUAAAAGAAAGGCUGCCAGAUUCCAAAACUUUGUCAUUUAAAGCUUCUACCAAAAAAUGUUCUCAGACUUGCAGCUCAAAAAUAUAUAAAGAAAAAUCAAUUAAGCCUCAGAGUCAUGGUUUCUGUAGAGAAGAGGUGCUGUCUAACAGUGCAGAAACUCAGAAAUUACCUGUCAGCUCCACCCAGGAGACUGACAACGAAAAACCCAGCCAAGUGUCCAAGGACACUGUGGCCUCCAGUUCCCUGAACAGUGAGUCUGCAGCAGGUGAGAGAAGGUCAGAAAACACCAUGAUAGACCAGCAGACCUUCACAAGAAUGGGCAGUUCAAGAAAUGAAGCCUGUCUCGAAGUGGAAAACGAAACAAUAAAAAAUCCAGUGUUAGAAAAGAUUUCUGUGGUAGGCUUACUCGGUGACACCUCUAUUCUUGAUGACCUCUUUAAAAGUCAUGGGAACAGUCCCACACGACUGCCAAAGAAAAUUCUUUCAGGGCCCCUGGAAAAAGCAAAGCAGAGACCGAAAGAUUUCUGGGACAUCUUGAAUGAGCAGAACGGCGACCAUCUCAGUCAGCUCACUGACUUGACGGUGAUAGAGACGCUGUGUGAAAGAGCGCCCCCUGCUGCAGCCUCCAGAAGGAAGGAGCAGCUGGAAACGUCUCUUUGGAAAUCAAAUGAGAACUUUCUGUGGAAAAAAUGUAACUCAAGUGAUACAGAUGAAAACGCAGCCGAGAUGCAAGAAUAAUACAUCAACAUGCAAACGAAUCAUCACACCAGUGAACUUCUGCCAUCAAUGUUUGUAACACUGUAUUUCAACCUAAUUAUGUUAACUGGAAACACUUGUCAACAUAUAUUUUUAUUAAACUCUUGCUGUAGCGUUGUUUUUUAAGUCUAAAAUGUUAUCAUGUAUUUGCUGUCCUGAAUGCUUAUUUGAGCUUUUUAAAAUAUGGUUUUAUUCUGAUGUAUUAUAAAAUAUGAUUUUAUUUAUAGAAUAAAAUAUGAUUCUAUUCCAUAAACGUCUUAAGGAAUAGAAGAGAUGUGUUUCCAGGAGACCUGGGGCACCUCCCUUGCUGAGUGAUUACGUGACCCUGUGGACGAGUCACUGACCCUGGUGCGCAGUUGAUUCCUAACCUGAAAGAUGAAGGUUUUGAACUUGAUCAACAUGAGCGCUCUUCUAGUUUAAAACGCGUUCGUUCACUCUCCCAGAUUUCACUAAAUCAUAGGCCGAAUUAUGUUCACACAUACACCCCAAAUCCAGUGUACAUUGAUGUGUUUCUUUCUUACUAACAUUUGGAAAAUUGUUACAUUAACUGUUUUUCCUUUACCCUCAGUAUCAUGUAGUACUUUUGGUAAAUUACUUUAGGUGACAGUAAUUACUAGAACUGAAUAUGUGGUAUUAUGCUAAAAUAGUAAGUUUAUAAUUGUUCAAAAUCAAAGGAUUAUGGUUGUAUAACUUUACCAUAUGCAAUAUGUGGAAGUAAUAUAAUUAUUACCUUAGCUACAGA